CGGCAGCGCAGCGUGAUUGUCUGGUGAUGCAGCUGGAUUGCAUUCUGCGUGAUAACGAUCCACAGAGUUGCAAGCUUCUUCCAACCUUUGUAUGUUCUCUUUUUUAUUUCCUAUGGUCAGCAAAGAAAUGCAACCAGCUCUAUACACCUUUGCUCACUGUAAAAUCACUUCUCAUUUUCAUUCGCAUUUUGUAUAUUAAAAUCAUGAAUCGUGAUUCCAAAACGGGUGCACUGGCUAAGUUAUUGAAAUUUAGUGAUAUCUUGAUGCUUUUCUUGUUUGUUGUUGAAAAUGAGCUUCCGAGCCAUGGCACGCUUAUGCGAGCUCCUCUGUUUUCUAUGGAUUUCUUUAAUGCUUCGAAUGAUAACGUAUCACGCUGUACUUCUACUGCUGCAAUGCGAGCACAGCUGCCACAUUCUGCAGUGUUGCUCAUCCGAAGCUUAACCUAA